AUCGACUGUUGAAUUGGAAGCUCCGACAGUCUCUGUCUUCCCCCAGAAAAUUUCCUCGGCCUGACUUUCCACGCUCUUCACUCCUUCAGUCUUCUUCUUCUUCGAGCUUCGGCCAUGGCGGUCGAUGCUUUGUGCUUCCUAUUUGUGGCCACGAUCGUCGUCGGAGGCGUCCAUUCGGAGUACAUAGCUUACGACACCACGCCGAGGAUCGUCCCCGACAAGAUCAAUGUCCACUUGGUCCCUCAUUCUCACGACGAUGUCGGCUGGUUGAAGACCGUUGACCAGUACUAUGUCGGGGCGAAUAACUCCAUUCGGGGGGCUUGUGUGCAGAAUGUGUUGGAUUCCGUCAUCGCGUCUUUAUUGGAUGAUCCAAAUAGAAAGUUCAUUUAUGUUGAGAUGGCAUUCUUCCAAAGAUGGUGGAGACAGCAAAGUAAAGCUACAAAGAUUAAGGUGAAGCGGCUUGUCGACACCGGUCAACUAGAGUUCAUAAAUGGUGGGAUGAGUAUGCAUGACGAAGCGACCCCACAUUACAUCGACAUGAUUGAUCAGACAACCUUAGGCCAUCAGUUUAUCAAAAGUGAGUUUGGUCAGGUUCCCAGGGUGGGUUGGCAGAUAGAUCCCUUUGGACAUUCUGCAGUGCAAGCUUAUUUACUUGGUGCAGAGUUAGGCUUUGACUCGCUAUUUUUUGCUCGAAUUGACUACCAAGAUCGUGCUAAGAGAUUAAGGGAUAAGACACUUGAGGUUGUCUGGCAAGGUUGCAAGUCCCUUGGUUCAUCUUCACAGAUAUUCACUGGUAUAUUCCCAAGACAUUAUGACCCUCCUGAUGGUUUUACAUUCGAGAUAAACGAUGUGUCACCUCCUAUCCAGGAUGAUACUCUCCUUUUCGAUUACAAUGUUCAAGAGAGAGUCAAUGACUUUGUAGCCGCAGCCCUAUCACAGGCCAACGUUACCAGGACAAACCAUAUCAUGUGGCUAAUGGGGACAGAUUUCCGUUACCAGUAUGCAAAUUCAUGGUUCAGACAGAUGGACAAGUUCAUUCAUUAUGUCAAUCUGGAUGGGCGUGUGAAUGCUUUGUAUUCGACUCCAUCUAUCUACACUGAUGCAAAAUAUGCAGCAAAUGAGCUGUGGCCCCUCAAAACUGAUGAUUUUUUCCCGUAUGCAGACAAAUCUAAUGCAUAUUGGACUGGAUACUUCACGAGUAGGCCGAGCUUAAAAAGAUAUGUGAGAGUGCUUAGUGGCUACUAUCUGGCAGCUAGGCAAUUGGAAUUCCUGAGUGGGAGGAAGAGUUCUGGACCAAAUACUGAUAUGCUAGCCGAUGCCUUGGCAAUUGCUCAACAUCAUGAUGCAGUUAGUGGCACAGAGAGACAGCAUGUUGCUGCUGAUUAUGCUCUUAGACUCUCAAUGGGUUACAUGCAGGCUGAGAAGGUGGUUGCUGCUUCCCUUGCCUCUUUGUCAAAGUCAAGUGCUGGAGAGGAGAACUCUGCUACAAACUUUCAACAGUGCCCUCUACUUAAUAUUAGCUAUUGUCCUGCAUCUGAAGCCCCUUUGUCCAGCGGGAAGAGCCUGGUUGUGGUUAUCUAUAAUCCUCUUGGAUGGAAACGAGAGGAAGUUGUACGAAUUCCUGUCUCUUCUCAAAAUGUUAUUGUCAAAGAUUCUUCUGGGAAAGAAAUCGUGGCUCAACUUCUACCUCUUGUGAAAGCCACAUGGAGAAUAAGAAAUGAGUUUGUCAGAGCAUACCUAGGAAAAUCACCAAGUGGUGCUCCUAAGUAUUGGCUCGCAUUUACAGCUUCAGUACCACCUCUCGGUUUCAGCUCAUAUGUCAUCUCAGAUACUGCACAAACGGGUCCGCAUCCAUUUGUUUCAUCGGUCGUUGCUUCUGGAAGUAUGAUACCGAACGUAGAAAUUGGCCAAGGAGAUCUAAAGCUGCGCUAUUCCUCAGAUGGAGUAAAAAUGACUCGUUAUACUGAUACCAGAAAUCAGGUUACCGCUGAGCAGACAUAUGCUUAUUACAUUGGAAGCAAUGGAACCAACGAGGAUCCACAGGCUUCUGGUGCUUAUGUUUUCCGGCCAGAUGGUGAGCGCCCGAUAAAAUCCGAGGGAAAGGCUCGAUUAACCGUUGUACGAGGCCCAUUGUUGGAUGAAGUGUACCAGGAGCUCAAUCCCUGGGUAUCACAGACUACCAGGCUUUACAAAGGAAAAGAUCAUGCUGAAGUUGAGUUCACUGUUGGCCCGAUACCUGUUGAUGAUGGUAUUGGCAAGGAGAUAAUCACUGCAUUAACAACUACCAUGAAGACAAAUGGAACGUUUUACACAGAUUCUAAUGGCCGUGACUUCAUCAAACGGAUUCGGGACUUCAGGACAGAUUGGGACUUGCAAGUGUACCAACCAGUUUCUGGAAACUAUUAUCCUAUAAAUCUCGGAAUAUAUAUGCAAGACGAGACCACAGAGCUUUCAGUUUUGGUGGAUCGUGCUAUAGGCGGAUCCAGUUUAGAGGACGGCCAGAUCGAGCUGAUGCUUCAUCGGAGAUUACUUUAUGAUGAUCACAGAGGUGUUGGUGAGGUUCUAAAUGAAACAGUCUGUCUCCCGGAUGGAUGUAAAGGCUUAACUGUUCAAGGGAAGCUUUACAUACAGAUAGACAAUCUUGGAGACGGGGCAAAAUGGCGUCGAACGUUUGGUCAAGAGAUAUACUCUCCGCUACUUCUGGCUUUCACACAACAGGAAGGAAAUACUUGGAUUAAUUCGCACGAGACCACAUUCUCAGCGUUUGAACCGACAUACUCGUUGCCAAAAAAUGUUGCAUUACUUACCCUCCAGGAGCUGGAAAACGGGGAAGUUCUUCUGAGGCUGGCUCACUUAUUCGAGGUGGGAGAGGACAAGGACUAUUCAGGCAUGGCAAAGGUAGAGCUGAGGAAGUUGUUCCGAAACAAGAAGAUAAAGGAAGUAAAGGAGACGAGCCUAUCAGCAAACAGAGAGAGGGCAGAGAUGGAGAAGAGAAGGCUCGUCUGGAGAGUAGAAGGCGAAGGCGAAGCAGAAGAAGCGAAGAGAGGAGGAGCAGUGGAUAAGGAGGAGCUGGUCGUGGUGCUUUCUCCCAUGGAGAUUCGCACUUUCUUGAUCAAGUUUCAGACCAUUGAAAUGGUUGGUGAAACAGAGCAGCGUGACAGGUUUUGAAAAGAAAAAAAAACAGCGAGUUCAAUGCUCAUGGAAUGGAGCGUGUUUGUGUAGUAAAACAUGGGCUUGAAUGGAAACUAAAAUGAUCUCUGUAUUCUCUAUUUUCAGUGAUUUUUAUGUGAAUUUGAAACAUAACCGAUUUGAGAUUGGAACCUGUUUUGGUUCAUGACA